AUGCAUGCUGUUUAUUAUGCUGGAUCAUACACCAUCAGUAAUCAACCCAUAAAUUUGAAGCCAUGGUCAGAAGACUUUGAUUUCAGCAAAGAAUUUCCUAGUGAGAUUCCACUGUGGGUUAAAUUUCCUAAUUUGCCUAUGAAUUGUUGGGGCAGUAAAUCUUUGAGUAGAAUAGCAAGUGUAUUAGGAACUCCUGUGUUUGCAGAUGAAUGUACCACAAAGCAAACAAGGAUAUCCUUUGCGAGAAUGUUGGUGGAAAUAAAUGUUAGUCGCCCACUUCCUGAUGAAAUUACAGUGAUUGAUCCAAAAGGGAAGUAUUUCCAACAACAUGUGAUAUACGAUUGGAAACCUUAUUUCUGUGGAGUGUAUCAAGUAGUUAGGCACAAAUGUAGGGAAAAGGAAAAAGGGGAUAAUCAAAAGGAUGCUCAACAUAAAAGAAAUAGGAACAAUAAACUGUUACACAAGAAUGGAGAUACAAAAGUCAUGUGCAAACAACUCUAA